UUGGCAUUAAGCGACCGUCAGUCACUGUCUGUCUGUCAAACUGGUUGAGAAACUGGCGAUAGAAUUUUAAUGUCUCGUAUAAAAUAAUACAAAAUGCUUUGUAUCAGAAAAUAUGUGUAUUGGAUCGGAAUAAUAUGUUUAAUCAGUGUUUGUUACGGGCAUCAUGUAAAAUCGUCAUCUUUGUCCAAUGAACAGAGAAGUCACAAAUCUUAUAAGACCGAUCGCAGCAACACAUUACAGGGAACAGUGUUUAGCAAUCACAAUGACUAUCACGAGAAUGGAUUGUCAAGGUCGAAAAGAGCUAGUGUGCCGAAUGUUUCCAGUUCUAGUGAAGCCAGCAUUAACAGUUUACUUGUUAAUGCAACGCCAAGUUCAUCUACUGAAAGUUCUGACAAUUCAACAGAUAAAAAUGAGAAAGAAUCGUCUAUACUCUCUGUAGUUCUAGUCAAUAUUUCAUCAUCGGCAACUCCAAAUGCUUCAGUUGUAAGUCCAUCUGAUGCAGCUCCCUUGCCUGAGAAAAGUUCAGCAGAAGACGAGCACAAUAGUUCAAUGGCUAUAUUUUUUGUGCUGUGUGUGCUGGCACUUGGAAUUUUAUUAAUUCAUCUCAUGUUGCAAACUGGAUUCUCUUACCUUCCUGAAAGUGUGGUUAUAGUAUUCCUUGGUGCUUUAAUAGGGAUGAUAAUUAACUUAAUGUCCAUUAAGAACAUUGCUAACUGGAGGAAAGAAGAAGCUUUUUCUCCUACAGCUUUUUUCCUUGUUCUGUUACCUCCCAUAAUUUUUGAGUCUGGUUAUAAUUUACAUAAGGGUAAUUUCUUUCAAAACAUUGGUUCUAUUUUAUUAUUUGCUAUUGUUGGCACUGCUAUAUCUGCAUUUGUAAUUGGUGCAGGUAUAUAUUUAUUAGGAUUGGCACAAGUGGUUUAUAAGUUGAGUUUUGUGGAAUCAUUUGCAUUUGGUUCUUUAAUAUCAGCAGUGGAUCCUGUGGCCACUGUGGCAAUUUUUCAUGCUCUAGAUGUUGACCCAGUUUUGAACAUGUUGGUGUUUGGAGAGAGCAUUUUGAAUGAUGCUGUAGCUAUUGUGUUGACAACAGCAGUCUUGGACUCCAAUGACCCUCUCAUGUCUACAGGGGAAGCCAUACUUUCUGCCAUCAAUCGAUUUUGGUUAAUGUUCUUUGCUUCUGCUGGUAUAGGAGUAUUGUUUGCAUUGGUUAGUGCUCUAUUAUUGAAACAUGUAGAUCUUCGAAAAAAUCCUUCUCUUGAAUUUGGAAUGAUGUUAGUCUUUACCUAUGCUCCAUAUGUACUAGCCGAGGGUAUUCAUUUGUCUGGAAUCAUGGCAAUUCUAUUUUGUGGUGUUGUGAUGUCUCACUACACUCAUUUUAACCUGUCUACCGUGACCCAGGUCACUAUGCAGCAGACUAUGAGGACCUUGGCUUUCAUUGCUGAGACCUGUGUGUUUGCUUACCUCGGCUUAGCCAUAUUUAGCUUCCGACAUCGCGUCGAACCAGCACUCGUAGUGUGGAGCAUAGUUAUGUGUUUACUUGGCAGAGCAGCCAAUAUCUUCCCACUUGCGCUUCUUUGCAACAAGUUCCGUGAACAUAAAAUUACAAAGAAAAUGAUGUUUAUCAUGUGGUUUAGCGGUUUGAGAGGAGCUAUUUCCUACGCUUUAUCGCUUCACCUUGGUUUCUCGGACGAAACUCGACAUGUAAUCAUUACUACGACACUUAUAAUCGUCUUGUUUACAACCUUAUUCUUCGGCGGGUCUACAAUGCCAUUAUUAAAGUUUUUGCGGGCUAACAAGAAAACCAAACGUUCGAGAUCAUUACGAAAACAGAAGGAAGUGAGUUUGUCAAAGACGAGAGAGUGGGGCCAAGCUAUCGAUUCUGAACACCUGUCUGAAAUUACGGAAGAAGAAUUGGAGGUAAAUUACUCCCACGCAACACGAUUGAAAGGAUUUGUUCGAUUGGACAUGAAGUAUUUAACUCCAUUCUUCACAAGAAGAUUCACUCAUCAGGAGCUGAAAGAUUGCAAAAGCCAAAUGACAGAUCUUACAAACCAGUGGUAUCAGGCUAUAAAAAUAUCAAAUGAUAGAGAAACAGAUGAAGAGGAGAGUUUACAACAAAGUUCCUUAACAAAUUCACACAGCAGUCUUCAGAGGGGUGUAUAAAAGAUCUUUGACCAAUUAGGUAAUAGCUGCAACGUUACAUGUUUGGUGUGCUGUGUAGGCCAUAUGUGUUUACAGAAUAGUACACGAAAGCACUAAAAAAAUCAAGUCAUAAAGAAUUUAAAAAGAAUAUAAUGGAGGAUCAUGAAGAUCUUUAUUAAGUUUUCGACCAGUGUAUUUUUGACUUAAAAACUUUGUAACUUGUCACAAUCUUACACUAUAAUAUGUUAAUGGUACUACUUAGUAGCGAAAUUUAUUGUUUUCAAUCAUAAGUUAUGUAUAGCUAGACAAUGGUACUAUUGUGACGAAGGGCUUUAGCAAAAUUUUAUUAGAUAUUAUACAAUUAAUUCCUAUAGGAAAUAAUAGUCAUAAUUUUAUGUAUAUUUUUCAAUUAUUUUUCGUACAGUUUGUGCUGUCUCUAUGUUUAUUUUAAAUUUGAUUAUUUUGACACUUGUAAGUCAAAUAUUGUGAUAGUAUUCGAGUAUUUUAAAAACUUAGAGUAUUGUUACAAAGUAGUACAUAAACCAAAGAUUGCGAAAAAUGUAUGAUUUAAAAUUACUUGAUAACAAUGGUAACAUAAUUUAUCAAGAUUUUGUAUUGUUUGGUUGUGUGAUGAAAAAAUACACAUUAAAUGUGAUUUAGUAUUCAUAGAUGAUUUAAUAAUAUAGGUACUGCAUAAUUACUUUAUGUACUUAAGUGUUGUUAAUUAGCUUUAAUUUGAAAAUCAAUUUCCUAUUCUAUUUAUUCGAUUAUUUCUUAAACUAUUUUCCAUGCUGUCAUUACUUUCUAUAAAAUUCUGUGCAAUUUAUAAUGGUAUGGUUGGUACAUGGUUUUAUAAUUUCUUGAACAAUGAAAAAAGCUUAUUGUUAUUAUAUUUGUUCCUUAUAUUAAUUAUACCCUCGUAAUAGAAUAAAACAUUCUAAGG